AUGCCGCUCGCCAACUUUGGUACCCUGGUCCUCCACCACCUCGUCUUCGUCGCCCACCUGGCCUACUUCCACAUCGCCUUUGCCCACAUGGAGCCCAGCGCCCUCGUGGUCCUCUACUGCGUCUCAAAGCUGCUCGCCCGCCGCGCCGACGACAUUGACGGUCCGCCUCCGGAAUGGCCCCCUCCCGUCAUCCAAUGCUUGAAUCAUGUCAUGGCCAUUGCGGAAAAGUCGCCGGUUACGCCAAAGGUCGGCAUCCGAGAUCGCAUUGCGUGUCAUAGAUGGACCUACUUCACCAUGACCAUGUCCACCGGUGGCGUUGCCAACAUCCUUCACUCACGUAAACCCACACCAAACGUCAAAUGGGACACACCCUGGAUCCGCGGCAUCGGUCUCUUCUUCUUUAUCCUUAACCUUAUUCUCUUCGUCACCAAUCUCAUCCUCCUGUCCAUUCGGUUCCAUAUCCGUCCAGGGAGCUUCACCCAUUCGUUCACCGACCAGGUUGAAUCGCUAUUUAUCCCGGCAUCUGUAGUCUCCAUCGCAGUGAUACUCAUCAACACAUGUCAAUAUGGCAUCCCCAAUACCGGCAUAUGGCUCCUCCGCACUAUGGAGCUCAUGUUUUGGAUCUACGCCGCCCUGAGCGUCGGUGUCAGCGCGUUGCUGUACCUCAUCCUCUGGUCGACGUUAGUCUUCCCGGUCCAUACGAUGACACCAACAUGGGUCUUUCCCGCGUAUCCCCUACUCCUCAAUGCUCCCUUUGCAGCAAACCUCAUAGCUGCCGCGCAUGCAUCUGGCCAUGCCUUGUCGACUAACACCACGGCAAUGGCUCUCGGUGCUGCUGCGAUCCAGGGAACUGGAUGCUUGAUCGCAUUCAUGAUCUCUUCUGCCUUCAUCUACCGUCUCAUGACGCAGAAGCUCCCGCGGGAUACGCAAAGGCCCGGCAUUUUCAUGUCUAUUGGUCCGUACGGUUUCACCGCCGCCGGUAUAGCCCAACUGGGAAACCAAGCAGAAUCACUUCUACCGCCUGACUUCCUGGACACUCCACAAGUUGCCCCAAUCAUCAAGGUCGUUUGCAUCCUCGUCAGCCUCUGGCUCUGGGGCCUAGCCAUGUGGUUCUUCCUUGUCUGUGUCGGCGCACUGUGGAAAUAUGUUCGUGCUGGUAGUAGCAUGCCGUUCCAAAUAUCCUGGUGGUCCUUUGUCUUUCCAAACACUGCUCUCGUCACGGCCACUAGCGUCAUGGGAAACAUCUUUCAUAGCGAUGGUCUGCAUAUCUUUGCAUGCGUCAUGACCAUCGCUAUUGUAAUUGUAUGGGCUGUCGUCUUUGGGAGAAUGGUGUGGUGUCUAAAGGAGAAGCGACUCCUCUGGCCUAAGAAUGAGACACUACGAGUAAUCCCCUCUAACGCUAUCAACCAUGUAUAUCUGGUCUUUACCGCUGCCGCUCUUCUAUUCUUACAAGCCAAGACCUGA